CGUGUCCGGCGGGGGGCCGCUGGUGGAGAGAGCGGGUCUGAAUCUGAUGCAAGGAGACAAACACACAAACACACGCACACGGACACACACCGGCUGCUUCCUCUUCAUGUGUAAUCACAGCAGCGACAGAAGCUGCAGACGCUCCUGCUGAUUGUUCCGGUCUGAGGAAGAAGGUUCGUCACCAUGUCGGUGGUUCUGGUUCUGAUGUGGACUCAGCUGCUGCUCGCAGAAUCGUCCUCUGGUGACCACGAGCUCAGACUCCUCCCCUCUCGCCGCUCCCUUCACCUCCCCCCGAGGCUCCUCCCUCAGCACCACCUGAGUGAUCAGCAUCACGAUGUGGACGAGUCCCGCCACCUCCAUCUUCAUCAUCACCACCAUCCCCUUCAUCAUCAUCGUCUUCACCACCAUUUGGCCAAAGUGAUGCCGGCCGCCCUCCUGGAGUCUCGCUUCCGUCAGCCGGCCGGCGGCCAGCGAGCCGUCGACCUGCUGGCCCGGCCGCAUCACGAGGUGCAGCCGGAGCACGCCGCCAUCUCUGCACGCCAUCUGGUGACCGUGUACCUGGCCGUGGACGUGCGGAGGCUGAACGUCAGUCUUCUUCGUUGGUUUCGAGAAGGUGUAGCGGCAGCGCUUGGUGUUCCUGCAGGACUCGUUCACAUCAACCGGCUGAAUGAGGAGAAGAAUGGCAUCGAGCUCUUCGUGUCCUCUGAUAGGCUGGGGAUCUCCGAGCCCCGCCCUGCUGAAGAGGUCAUCCAAUCACUGAACGUCCGGGUGCUCCACCGCCACCUGGGACACUUCGGCAUCACCGAGGUCUCCACCGAGAAAAACGUCCUGCAGGGGGAGCAGAGGGAUCACGUAUGGACCACAGAAGGGUUCUACACUGUCGUCCUCUUCUUCACCGUCUUCGUCAUCGUCAUCACCUGCUUGAUGGUUCUGUAUCGACUCAGAGAGAAGGUUCAGGUUUCUGACACAGAACUGAAAGCUCCGCCCUCUAAUCGCCACCUGACGCUCACAAUCUCCCCUGACUCCGCCCACAGGUCAAAGGGCACAAAGGUCGUCCUAUCAGGAAGCAUGGUCCAAGCUGAGCUCCCUCCAGCUGCCGCCACGCCCAUUCCCCAGCAGCAGCCAAUCACAGCCUGCCGCCGCCUCGCUCCACCUGUCGUCCCUGUGCCCAGCCCCGCCCCUGUCGUCAUCAGCAGCGUAGCCUCGGAGACAGCCAAUAACGAGCUAAAGCCUUGCCCCUCCCCCUUCAGGAUGAAACCUGCCGCCGGACUUCAGGAAAGACGUGGUUCCAACGUGUCUCUGGUGUUGGACAUGGCGUCUCUCGGCUCGGUGGAGCCGCUCAGUGUCUCGGUGGUGACGCCCAGGGAGUCGGCAGCGAGGGAGUACCUGACGUCCGCCAGCCGGCCGCUGACGAGGCCGCGGCUCCGAGACCUCGUCCACAGCAUGGACCAGCUGCACGCCGAGUUCACUGAAAUUCCCAUGAACUUCACUGACCCCAAGGAGCUGGACAUUCCAAACCAUGGCACCAAGAGCAGAUACAAGACCAUUCUACCCAAUCCUCACUCCAGGGUGAUCCUGAAGUCCAAGAGCUGCAACGACCUGCUGAGCUCCUACAUUAACGCCAAUUACAUACGAGGCUACCAAGGCGAAGAGAAGGCGUUCAUCGCCACUCAGGGUCCGAUGGUGAACACGGUGAACGACUUCUGGCAGAUGGCGUGGCAGGAGGAGUCGCCCGUCAUCGUCAUGAUCACCAAGCUGAAGGAGAAGAAUGAGAAGUGUGUUCUCUAUUGGCCGGAGAAGAGGGGGAUUUACGGGAAGGUUGAAGUGUUGGUGAACAGCAUCAGAGAGUGUGAACACUACACAACUCGCAGCCUCACACUCAAGUGUGGGAAUCAAACUCGCGUGCUGCAGCAUUACUGGUACACAUCAUGGCCCGACCACAAAACCCCUGAUUCAGCAAUGCCGCUGCUGCAGUUGAUGUCUGAUGUGGAGACGGAUCGACGGACGGCCGCCGCCAUGGGACCGGUGAUCGUCCACUGCAGUGCUGGGAUCGGCCGGACCGGUUGUUUCAUUGCCACGACGCUCGGCUGUCGACAGCUGCAGCUGGAGGAGGUGGUGGACGUGCUGAGCAUCACCUGCCAGCUCCGAGCCGACAGAGGUGGUAUGAUCCAAACAGCUGAGCAGUACGAGUUUGUGCAUCACGCUCUGAUCCUGUACGAGGCCCGCCUCUCCUCAGAAACCGGCCAAUGAGAUGCCACCACCACAGGAUCUGCUCCACCUUGCAGUCUGCUGACGGAGCAGGUUUUCAUCAGGUACGAUCCGGGGUUUGGGUUUUUCUCUGAGAACCAGGGACUCUGGAAGAAGUGAUUGAGUUUGAUGGACAACAGAUGCUGAUGUUGUGGGCGGAGCCUAUUCACGGAAAGAGGAAAGGUAGAUUUCAGAAAAUGGAAUGUACCCGAUGUUCUUUUUCAUGUUCUGUUUGUGAGCGGUUCUCCAGAGGAGCCCGAGGAACCGGUCCGCUUCACUCCUCUGACUGAGAUUGUUUCAUUUUGAACUGAUUGACCUCUUCUCUGUCACGGAGACUUGAUGAUCGACUGUGUUUCUGUGUCUUAUAGGAUUUCAGAAUUAUUUUUUAAAGUGUUGUUCUUAUAUGACAGGCUAUUUGAAAAUGACUGUUAGCCGUUUGCACCUUGGUUAAGUUCCUGUCAAACCGACCUGUUAGUGACAGCUCGCCUUAUGUUCCCCUGUCAUCUGGACCCAUCGCCCCCCCGACACCAACAUGAGACACCUCUUCAGCUGAAGGUUUCAAACCAGGCGGCUGGAUUUUAUGGUCAAUGUUCAGGGACGAUACCAAAAAGACAAAGUGCCAGAUUCAAAUCCUUCUCAAAACAUUGGCUCAUACCAAACCACAAACCGAGUAGGUAACUGUCAGAUGAACCGAUAUGUUUCAAAGGGUUUAACAAUGAGAACAAAAAUCAAAUGCAUUCAUUAUUUAUAUUUCUAUAUUAUCGCUACUAUAUGAUAUGUUAGCAACUGAGCUGAUGUGUUAAACCAGACACUGUUCAUUAUAUGAGCCAAUACCUGGGUUAGACAAUUAACAAACGUAAAUCAGAAGGAACUUUUGUCCCAUGUAAAACAAAUAUUAAUCUAUAUUUCCACUGCUACUGUCACAAAUGGAACUACCUCCAUCCAUGCACCACAGGCUAAAAGCUAACACACCAAUGCAAUGAUAACUAGGGACAUGCUAAGCUACAGCGAUCUGAUGGAGGCUCAUUAGUAGUUUGAAGUUAAUCUAUAUGCUGCUUGCUAUGCCAAUAAAUUAAUGCUAACCUUUAUGCUCAUGCUAACAAUAGCAUGUAAUGUGAAUGCAUUAUUUUGCUAAACCAAUCAUUUCUCGUAUUCAGCUGCUAAACCUGCUUUUAAAACAAGAAGAAAUUCAGCACUGAGAAUCAAAACUGAUCAGAUCUUAUUUAUUAUUAUAUCUCCCCCAUCAUUUAAUAAAUACCAGUUCAAAACUUAUUAAUACAUUUACAUAAAAUGCGAAUAACACAAGCUAGCUCAAAAGUAGCAUCAGUCACUUUCAGACAUUAUACAUUUAAUCCAUGAUGUUGAAAUAUCUUCGUAUCUUUGAGUCGAUGUUAAGUUUUCAGUGAAAGGCAAAAUGAAUUUUGCUGAGUCAUUCCUGACAGAAGUAAUAUUUAGAACGACUUAUGCUGCUGUUCUCAGAGUUUACAUUAUUUUAUUAUAUAGAACUAUAAUCGCAUUGACAAUUCCCCUGUUGUUUGAAAUAUUACUUUAAUACCAAAAAUGUGAAGCUAUAUAAGUCACAAUGGUGCAAUCAUCUUGUUGAUGUGAAGUUGUAAAUUAUGUUUUCUAGUGAGUUAUAUCGGUGUAUCAAAGUAAUAAUAACUUUAUUUUUAUACAGUUUUUACAUGUUUUUGAUGUGUUAGCAGCUUUUAUCCGUUUGUCAACACACAUGAAAGAUUGUUCAAACCUCAUCAUCUCUAAACGAUCCACUGAACGGGAGCCGGAAUUCAAUAUCUGACUUUUCUCUUUUUAUCGGAGCCACAAACACAAACUUAUCCCUGUUUGAGCUGUUUAUUCAUUAAGAAAUAUAUGUUUAAGUUUCUCAAAAGAAUCAGAUUAUAAAGCUUAAAGUAAAAUGCUACAUUUUGAAAUACAAACUUUGACUUUGCAUUAAAUUGGUAAAAGUACGACUCAACAAGUUCACACAUCCAGACCAUUUACGUUUGUCUGACUCCACCUGGAACCAAAUGUCAAAGGGUGAAGUAAAUGUUUUAUACAUCCCAUAUAAUUAUAUAUAUUAGAAUAAAAAGUACUUCCUGAGGCGUUGAAUUCCUUUAGAGAUCUGAGGUUUCUACAGUGAUGAUCAAUAUGAACAGAAAUCAUCUGCUCUUUGUGAUUAGAAUAAUGUGCAGUAACUGUUAAAGUGCUUUUAAAACUAAUGUGGGCGGUGACUUUUCAAACCUUGGACCAAACGCGUCGGGACGGAGGACGGACAAUACACGAGGAUCGUUUUGAGGACUCUUGUUUUUUCUAUGUACUAUUAUAUUUUUAUUUAUAUAUUCACUUGUGAUACAAUCAAGGGAUUUUAGAACCUGUGUGUUCAUCUACAUGUUCGACAUCAGACCAUCGUCAACACACUUUUCACUUGAGGUGGUUCAAGUAGAACAAAAUCUAAAUUUCAAAACGCUCAAACAUCGGAACAUUUCUGUGUGAUGGUGAAAUGUAAUGUUCAGUUUGAACUGACUGAAGUGAAAGUGAGUUGAGCCCAACUACUACUACACACAUUGCCUCUGACGUAGUAUUGUGUAUGUACAGUAGGUGGUGGUUGAUUUCCUGUAUUUUAUUAUUGUCGACUGUUGAUGGAGAUUAAAGGGACCCGAACAUUUCCUAUUUUACCAAGCUGCUGAAAAACAUGUUCACUAUUCACUUGACUUUUACACCAUUUAGUUUCUCAGUGUUGCCUCCAGCAAUAUUUGUUUAUUAAACUCAGGUAAUUUGAA